AUGCCGUCAGAUGUCUGGUCUUGUCCCGUCUUGACAUAUGCCAAACUCUCUUUUGAGGAUCGAAGACGUAGUCUUCAAGAGGAUCAAAGAAUUCUUCAAGAGGAUCAAAGACGUCGCCAGCAAGAAGAUCUACCAUUGUUAACUCGACCAACAGAGGGAACAUCAGGCCCUGACAAAGUUCAAGCUGUUGCAUCAAAAGUCAAUGAGGCGGUGAAGAAAGUGUACAAAUCUACAGGUAGCUAUGUACAGAUGCUCCCAUGGGUUGAUGAUCAUCAGAUGCACAUAAUGAACAUCUUCACUAAGCUAUGUUUAGUUGAACAAGUUGACACAAGGGGGAAGCCUCAAAUAAAGGGUAAUAACAUGGAAUUAGAUUACAAAAUGUUCCACCCUGCAUUGAGGGAAUUAUAUGAAAAGAUGCAGUCUGAGACAAGGGAAGGUAAUCCUAAUAAAGGUGAGAUGAAAUCAUAUGAAGAGAUUUUUAAAUUUCAGACACACCAUGAGGGAACUCCAAUUAAACGUAUCGUUAUAAGCGGAUCAGCAGGAAUUGGCAAGACAACCCUAAUUGACAAAAUUGCAUAUGAUUGGGCAAUGGGUAACAGUGAGACACUCAAUAAGUUUAAACUUGUUUUUGCUUUAAAAAUGGGUUCAUUGCAACAAAGUAGCAACUUAGAAGAUGCCAUCUUUGAGAAGCUUCUCGCAAAAGACACUGUAGAUGAAUCUGCUUUGAAAGAGUUUAUUGACAAGAACCAAGACAAAGUAUUGAUUCUCUUGGAUGGAUUUGAUGAAUGUAAAAUCACUACAACUGACACAUCCUCAUUUGGUUCGAUUCUCAAAGUUAUUAAUCGAAAGCUGGGCCCAGAAUGUUGGGUAGUUAUUACAUCCCGUCCUCCCCUUGACAAAUUAGUCAACUCAUCAUUGGUUAUGAAGCCCUUUACUCAUGUCAGAGUUGAGGGCUUUUCUAAAACAGAUAUAAAUGAAUAUGUGAACAAAUUCUUCCCUGAUGAUCAUGACAAGGCUAGCAAGCUUAUAGAGCAGAUAGAACUCUCAGAUACCUUGUCUGAUUUGGCAGAGAGUCCCAUGCUACUGCUGCUGAUGUGUUUGCUGAUGGGGAGCAAAGAGAAUACCCUCCCAGACACAAUGACCCGACUGUAUAACAAAGCACUGAAUUACAUAUUCAAAAGAAAAACAAGAGACAUCAAAGAUGCUGAAAUAUCACGGAUUUUAAUUUCUAUUGGCAAGGUUGCUCUAGGUAGUCUUAUUUCUAGAGAUCAGUCAUUUGCCUUUAGAGAAGGGGACUUUGAAAAGACUGCGUUAGAUGCAGCAAUGAAUGCAGGUGUCCUCACUAGUGAGAGGGUCAUCGAUGGGCUUGAUACCUAUCAAAGAGUGUCUUUUAUACACCACACGUUUCUGGAGUAUUGCGCAGCAAUGUACUGGCAAAGCUUGAUAAACACUGAGGAAUUUGACAGAAUCCUAGAUCAGACAGUAAAGACAGAGUCAACUGAGUUUACCCCAUUGGGAGAUCCUCGUUCUUCUCGUCUUACUCGUUAUGAGUAUCUGUUCAGAUUUUGUUGUGGAGACAAUGAGGCAUGUACAAAUCAGAUUUUAAAGAAGAUUCAUCAAGGCAGAGAUUCGCAACUUAUUGUUACUUGUUAUUUUGAGAGUCAAUCAAAGGAACUUCCACAAGAAAAUGUUAUAAGUUCACUUCUGACUGGUGAUAUUGACAUUUCAAAUUGGAAUAAUGAUAGUACAAACGCAUUCUUUCAUUUUCUGAAGCAAGUGGCAGCCCUCAGCAGAGGAAAUGAUUACUUCUCAAAGGUUAAGAGACUGGUUAUGAAUGAUGUUAACUUCCAGAGGUUUGGUACAGAUUUAGCAAAAGCGCUAAAGUUAAUGAUCAAUUUACAAUCUCUUUCUCUGAUAAUCGGCUCAUUAACUCCUGCCAAUACUGAUCAAAUCCUACUAUCAUUGGCAACUCUAUCAACAUUGACUCAGCUAGACCUCUCAGGGAAUACAGCCUUGGGUGGCUAUGUGUCAUUGUUGGUUUCUCAAUUGAUGAAACUGAAGCGCCUCAAGAAGCUGAGCUUGUUAGGUUGCUCACUGGUAGCUCAAGAUGUGUCACCCAUUGCAGAGUCAAUGGGUGACACUCUGGUUGAUCUAGAUGUAAGAGGGAAUAGAGCAUUGGGUGGCUGUGCAUCCAUUUGGGGUCCUGAACUGGGGAAAAUGGAAUGCCUUCAAGAUAUUCACUUGGAAAGGUGUUCACUGCAAGGUACAGAUAUUGAGCCCAUUGCUGUGGCACUGAGUGACAUUCUAACUCUGGUUCAUCUGAACCUCGGGGAUAAUCAAGCAUUGGGUGGCUGUGCAUCAUUGUGGGCUCUGCAUUUGAAGAGAAUGAACCACCUGAAGGAACUGUUAUUGGUAAGGUGCAAUCUGACAGAUGCUGAUAUGGAGCCCAUUGCUGAGUCAAUGGGUGACAUGCCCAACCUGAGUCAUCUAGAUCUGACAGGUAAUGUUGCAUUGGGUAGCUGUGCACCAUUGUGGGCUCUGCAUUUGAAGAGAAUGAACCACCUGAAGGUACUGUUAUUGCCACUGUGCAAUCUGACAGAUGCUGAUAUGGAGCCCAUUGCUGAGUCAGUGGGUGACAUGCCCAACCUGAGUCAUCUAGAUCUGACAGGUAAUGAUGCAUUGGGUAGCUGUGCACCAUUGUGGGCUCUGCAUUUGAAGAGAAUGAACCACCUGAAGGAACUAAUAUUAGCAACGUGCUUUCUGACAGAUGCUGAUAUGGAGCCCAUUGCUGAGUCAAUGGGUGACAUGCCCAACCUGAGUCAUCUAGAUCUGACACGUAAUUAUGCAUUGGGUGGCUGUGCACCAUUGUGGGCUCUGCAUUUGAAGAGAAUGAACCACCUGAAGGUACUGUUAUUGGUAUGGUGCAAUCUGACAGAUGCUGAUAUGGAGCCCAUUGCUGAGUCAGUGGGUGACAUGCCCAACCUGAGUCAUCUAGAUCUGACACGUAAUUAUGCAUUGGGUGGCUGUGCACCAUUGUGGGCUCUGCAUUUGAAGAGAAUGAACCACCUGAAGGAACUAAUAUUAGCAAGGUGCCAGCUGACAGAUGCUGAUAUGGUGCCCAUUGCUGAGUCAGUGGGUGACAUGCCCAACCUGAGUCAUCUAGAUCUGACAGGUAAUGAUGCAUUGGGUAGCUGUGCACCAUUGUGGGCUCUGCAUUUGAAGAGAAUGAACCACCUGAAGGAACUGUUAUUGGGAGGGUGCCAUCUGACAGAUGUUGAUAUGGAGCCCAUUGCUGAGUCAGUGAGUGACAUGCCCAACCUGAUUCAUCUAGAUCCGACACGUAAUCAUUGAUUGGUUGGCCGUGCAUCAUCCUGGGCUCAGCAUUUGAAGCUGAUGACCAAACAUCUCAAGAAGCUCAAACUAUUUGGGUUGACAUAUGAGGAUCAGGAUUACAUUAAUGCAUCAAGUGAUUUGAAUUUGACCAUAUUGGAUUUCACACCCUAACCAUCCUCAUAAACAACACAAAGAUGAAGACCAUUUCCAACAUUUUAGACAAAGCCUUGAACUGUAGACUCCUCAAUCGUCGUAAAUGAAACUCAUUCUGAUUUACUCACAGAUGUGAAUCUGUCAUGUCAUUGAGUCUGUGAUUUCUCUGCACAACUGUGUACUUCCUUUAUUUGAGGCAAAUGAAGCUGAUCAUGUUUAUUGGAGACUGUUAGACGGAAAUGAAAUUUUGGUCUCUACUAGAGAACAAAACAUGGCGUGACGGACAUUACAUUUGGAGCAUUAUCGACAGUACACAUUUGCCCCUUUUUUGUUUCAGUAGCUGAAAAAGUGUUGAAAUGAUACAAAGAAGAUGUAUCAUACAUCUUCUUUCUUUCUUCACUUAAUCAUCAAAUAUAGACUGUCUUCAUUAAGCUUUUUUUCACCUUGAUGUGUCAUUUUCCAGCAUCUAUGUUCAAUCAAACUAAUUAAUUGAUAAAAAUAUUGACGUAUCAACUAUCAGUUACAGCCCAAAACACACAAUUGCACGGCCAAAACUUCACCAAAAGAAUAC